UGAUAAAAUACAAAAUACAUAUAUAUAAAUAUACGUAUUGCUAUUUACGUAUAUAAAUAUUCAAAAAUGCCAUUUGUACAACGCGUAGUACAACCGGUACAUAUUGCCCAAGCUUGUAACUUUAUAUCCGCUUCCGGUAACAAAACAGCAAAAUUCAAUUGCAUUGCCGACAAAUGUCAACACAAGCAUUACGCAAACAAAAAGCAGCCGUUGAAUGAAUUGCAUCAUGUAAAAGAUUCCUCUGUUAAUACCCGAGAAAGAAGUACCCGUGAGUCCAUUGCUUUGACCGCGGAGACAGUUUCGUAUAGGGUCAAUGUGAAGAGUGGUGUACAUUUGGAAGUGCAAGCAAACGAUGCGCGUACUCCAGUAACCCAAGUCAUUGUGCAUGCAAACGGUGUAGAAACCCAAAGAAUAUCUCCACUUGAUAUAGAUAUCACCGACAAUUCGAGCAAUGCAAUCAUCAACAACAGCUGCUCCUCAAGCUGUUACCUAAACGCUAGCGACGCUACGAAGCAUAACGUUUAUUCGUCAUUGUUUCCGACUCCUCAAAUUCCUAUUAAAAAAUUGAAAGAACAUGUAGAAUUUUUAUCCUCAGCAACAUCACCGAUUCGUUCACAACACACUUCAUUUUCUCCGUCCGCAACAAAAGAUUGCGUGAGUGGCAUAGGUGCAAUGUCGAAAAGCCGUUCUGCUGCAGUGAUUGUUGCCGGACACGAAUUCGAUUCGAUAAGCAAUAUCACCCUUAGCAAUGCGUUACGUCAGCUGGCUUCUUUAGUGUUGAUAGCCAGCGAUAUAUUUGCAGACUUGCAUAAAGAAUUGCGGAUUGUAGGUGAACGUGCACGAGUUGUUCAAAAUAAAAUUAUUACGGUGGAACGGAACGUUAGUGAUUAUGACCCGAAAACGGUUACAGUUCCGGAAAGUGACCUUUUAACAAUCGCACAACGUAAAACGCAUUACGAAUGUAACAAAUCAUAUCACAAGGAGCUCUUCACAAUCGACACGCGGCCAUGCAGCGUAUAUCUACUGUACGAAGAAGCUGGAAAAGUUACGCAAAGUUUCGACACACAGCCUUCGCAAACUUCGGAACAUUCACUUUUUACGGGUUUAUCGGGCCUUGCAAGUGGUCAUGUAAUCGAUAUUGAAUCGACAUGUAUUCGAGACAUAAACAGCUCUGUUUUUGGAAACGAUGUUUUUUCGCACUCAUCUUUUCGUGCGAAUAAGAUAUCCAAAAUGCGCUUUGACGCGGACAUUGAGAUAAGAUUGCCUGCAGCUAUAGAAGAUUUGCGCAAGUGGACAUCCACAGAAGCUGUUGGAGAUGUGACUGUCACUCCAGAUUGUAUACAUCAUGUUGAUGCUUUAUCUGACGCAUCUUUUCUAAUUGGUGAAAAUGCUUCACCGUCUCUGGCGCCAUCUCCGUCCAUACCUUCCGCAGAUGCGGCUGAUGCCAUUUCAACCAUUAAUAUCAACCAUGCCAUGAAUAUAAACAACUUACCGAACGACAAUAACAAAGAUGUGCCCUUAAAUCAUCGAUUGCCUUCACCGGAAGAGCAAAGUAAAAUUAUUGCUCUGAAGUAUCCCGCCGAAGUCAUCACUGUGGACGUUUCGGGAAAACGUUUUCAGCGUAUGUGUAUGGCUCGAAAAUCUACGACUAGCUGCAUUUCUAAUGUACCAAACACAAACAAUCUUGACAGUGAAGUGCAAACGGUGACUCGUCGAUCACGUUCCCGAAGAGCACGUGGUAAACGAAGAAACACUAUAGCAGGCACUGACCAAAAGGAGAUACAAGAUGCAGCGAAUGGAGAAACAACAGUCGCAGGUGAUGACAUAGAAGUUAUUGCUGCUGAAAACGAUGUUGGGAAUAAAGAACCAAAAUGUAGCACUGAAAACAAGACGAAACGAUUCGGACGAAGUAAAUCGAGCGAUAUAUUAAAAAAAGAAUCCGUAACCCUACCUUAUGAUAAGGGGAAAAGCACUUUGACUCGUCUAAACUCUCUGAAGCAAUGGGGACGUAGUCGAUUCAAAUUCAUGCAGCGAAACAACGACACGCCGUCAUCGUCAAUGUCUGUCAAUCAAAAUGAUGCUGAGCACAAAGCGUGCUUGGGUAAUAUUAGCACGAAUGUAAAAUUGAAAAAUGUGGAGGAUAUAAGCUCCGUGAAAACAGGUACGACAAACAGUUUUGUAGAAAAUAUAUCAUAUGUUGUAGUGACUGAAAAGAAUAAAAUCGUCGCAAAUCAAAAUGUUAAUGUUAUGGAAAAGCAUACGAAUGAAAGUCGAUUUUCGCACGAACGAAAGCCGUCAUAUUCCUCCUCUGAAAAGAGCGUAAAUGUUAAUAACAUCAAUCAUUUGCGAGGCAAAUUUCAUCUGAAUACAUCUGCUGGUAAUGUCAAACUAAGAGACAACUCCUCAUUAAAUCGACGCCGUAACUGUUGCCUGAAUGUCAAUGGCUUAAGCAAUAAGGAGGAUCAGCCACACUCUUCAAGUGGAAAUUGGAGUGCUAGCUCUGAAUCAGGUCGAGCUUCUAUUGGCAGUGAAAUUACCCUUCAACCCAAGUCUAGCGCCUCGAAUACUUCUCUAAACGCCUUCAGUUAUCAAGCCGGCAGCGGUCCGCCGUCGUCAAUGUUCAGUCGCAGAAAAUUUCUUAACACAUCGGCCUCGAGCAGCGUCACUAGUGAAGGAACUGCAACACCAGAUUUACAAGUGGUAUCAUCUACAAUGGAAGGUGCUUAUUCCAAUCACUUGGACGAUGAAACAAGUUCAGCUUAUUCUUGUGAUACGGAGGGAUAUUACACUUCUUUCCACAUGGACAGCGGUUUGAGAACCCUGAAAGAAGAGGAUGUGUGCAUGGGCAAUUUCCAUCAGGGAAAUCAAGCUUUGAGUCUGUGUGGUUAUGCCCAAGAUUACAAUUCUUCCGCGAAUAAUUCACAGCAGACUCUAAUUGGCGAAAAUGAAUACGAGCUCUUUGGCCAUGGUUCAACAUCAACUACCACGAGUUCUGCUGGCACAGUGUGCACCACGCUAGUGGCCAAUAAUAUUGGUGGCGAACAAAAUCUCAAUAAUAGCGGUGCAAGUUGUGGUCCCGAAUUACCGGAACGUGUCAGUUCCUUGCGCAAUAGCAGUGCCAGCACUAGCACUUUAGAAAGAAGCAUAUCAAGCAGCACUAUCGGUAGCGGUGUUGAUCGCACCGGCACAAUCAAGCGAAAUAUUAGCAAUGCUGCAUGUUCGUCGCAUUUGGACGAUAUAAAACAGUCUUCGCCUAAUCUCUCUUCACAACUGGUAUGCACGAGUGAACAGGAAGAACCGAGAAAACGAGAUCCAAACCAUCUGCCCAUUGCAGAUAUUGACUAUUCAGAAAGCUCCGAUUUAGAAGGUGUAGAGCGGAUAGAACGCAUCAAACAAAAAACUGCAAUUAAUGCAAGACAUAUACCAUCCAUGUGCAUUAUUACGCCUACUACGAGUGAUGAUGAAAAUCAACAUUUCUAUGGAAACGAUAAAGAAAAUAAUCAAGAAAUCCAGUAUAACAGCCCACUAAAUGGAAAGAACUUUCAAACUAAUGCAACCAAAAAUAAAGCUUCAAAAUUAAUUUCGUUUAACACGCAAUCUUCAGAGAUUAAAUUUUCAACCAAAGAAGUUCAGGUAGAAGAGAAGUCUGCAUUAGACGAAAUGAAAGCUGCCCAAAUGAAUUUACCUUCUACUGGUCUGUCUACUGGUCUGUCUGUGAUAGAGGAUGACGUGCUUUAUGAUACAGCUGGCGAAUAUGUUUACAUUGCAGCUGAUAGCAAUAACAAAGUUAGCAGUAAGCAGCUUUCACAGAUGCCACAAGCGAGUAAUGCAGGUUCUUUGGGUAUAUAUUACUCUAAUAGUGUAACAAGAAAUGGACGAGACUUAGAGUACGUAUCGCUUAAUGAAUUACCGUUGAGUCUACAAAAAGCUUAUGGUAGCAGCAAUAAAGGACCAAAAAUUGAAUGCUCUCAGCGGAACAAUGAGUCAAGUGAUACUCACCGCGCCGGCGCUUAUCAAAUGCAGAAUUUGCAAGCAACGGAAUUGUAUGCAGAUAUUGAUGACUUGCAGAGAGAAACUUUGGAAACAUCUCCUUGUAUAACAAAAACACCACCACCAUCUAAGCCUUCUUCCCCGUUUAUUUCGCCACAUAAGGGUGCGCGAGUUCGUUUAAAUUCAGUAGGCAAACCAAUCUAUGAUUCCGAUAGUUUGAAACGACGCAAAGGCGCACACACAACAUUUAUACCGGGUCCGUACGUUAAAGAAGAAAACGAAAGUCAAUACACACAAUUACCGUUAAAUAAUAGUGAAAGUGAUAGUUCGGCCGUAAAAUUACUACUACUCUAUGCUGAUAAUAAAGUUAAUUAUAAAAUGGCUGAUGUUAAAUCUAUCACGAAUAGAUUGGCGACAACAAGACCAAUCUCAGCGACACCUGACACUGAUGAGCAUGGAAACCCUCACAUCACCACUAACGAGAACAACAAAAACGUUUUACCCUUUUCAUACCAACAGCCCAUUUCUAGCCAUAGCUUAAUACAUUCGCCUUCCACCAAAUCGAAUUGCUCCAGUUCGUGCUCCAUCAUUUCUUCAAUCACCUCAUCUUCCAAAUCAAGUUUUUCCUCAAAAGAUGAAGGUUAUAAACCAAUUUAUCACACAGUUGGGGAACAGGAGCAGCAACAACCGGAAGAGUGUCAUAGAGCAUUAGAAAAAAUAUGCAUGAACUACUCAGCGGUUGAGAGGAGUUCUCCUGUUUAUUGGACUUUGCAAAGCAAAAGAUGCGGUAGACAGCAAGUGAUAAGUUCAAUCUCUCGCGAUGACUUGUACGCCACACCUCUGAAACGCUCUGAUAGAAAGCUACGUCAAGACAACAUAUCGUCCAUAGGACAAGGUCAUCGAAUGGGAAUUGUGACGUCCACCCCUAUGCGACAAAGUGCAACUGACUCCACAUUUCCAUCUGACAGAAUUCCCAUGAAGCAACCUUCGGCGCGAAGUUUGCUUUGGGACGACAAUUCGCCGGAUCGUUUGAAUACAUGUGCCGAUCGUAUUGGACACAGCAAGACCAGUCUAAUGGAUUUUAAAAGAUUGCUGCUAGCCAAGUCCGUAAAAAGCAAUACACUGCCAAAAAAAUUGUCGGCUGUGGAAAUGUUGAAGAAAAAUUCUACUGGAACGGGCCAAAGCGUUGGGGAUGGACGCAUAACAUGCACAAAUACCAAAACCCAUGCAUCACCAGGAAGUCCAACAUUAAAAAUCAAUUCCAGUCUGAAUUUACUGGAUCUUAGUGGUUCUCCAAAAACAUUUGCUAACCGCAGGAUGCUGCGUCAAGGUCAGUUUGGUUCACCUUCAAAAUCAUUCACUCCUAAGUUAAAGAAUUCGCCCAGUGGUUGGCGAACAAACUCUGCGUUACGUACGGACAUCAUGUCUACCAUUAUACCGGAGUCGAACAGUGAAGAGGCUCUUGCUGCUGAUGAAAGUAAUGUUAGCAAAAAUUGUAGCAUUUUAAAUGGCAAUUCAAAUAUUGAUGAAGGAGAAACGGCUGGAAACAUGGAAAAUUUCAAAAAAAAAGAUAAAGAGAAGAAUAUUUUUUUGCAAAAUGAACAAAACAACUUCAUACGAGGUGAAUUAAGGUCUAGUUUUGGUAAAGAUAAACGCUCUUUUGAACCAACAAUUAUAACGCCAGCAACGUAUUCUAAAGAUGUAAAUGCUAGCGAUGGCAACGCCUCAGUCCCAAUAAUGAAUACCAUUGAAGCAAUCGCGCCAGCUUCAAAAGUCGUAACAACACCUGCCUUAGAGACAGCAUUGUAAAAGUUUGCUACGCUGUGUCUUUAUAAAUCUAAAACAUUAAUUCAUCAGUGCUUGAGGACAUAAGUAAAGGGCGGUAGACUAUUGUGUGGGCCGGAAGUGUAUUCAAGCAUAUACAACUAGAAAAUAAGAACAAAAUUCGUAGCCAUGUUACAAUAUAAUUUUAUAACAAAGUUAAGACUUAGUUGAACGAAUCACUCUCUUGAAUUUCUGAGUUUAAUAAAGCGAAAAGGAAAAGGUUAUAUUUUACACCUGCACCGAAAGACUGAAACUACACGGAACAAAAACUACGGUCUCAGAAUAGAUAAGAAUGGGAGAGAGAGAGAGAAUUGUGUCGUAAAAAACCUACUAAACAGGUAUAAAUCAGUCAAUUAAAUACAGAAAGUUAGACAGCUUGAUGUAAUAUAUAAAAAUGUACAUUUCCAGCAUCAAACAUCUGGCCUAAGCUAAAACAAAAGUCUGCCUUUCCUUAUUAUAUUUCACAACUGCCAUCCAUUAAGGACCUUGUCCUUGCAAAUGUUUUAUGUAGAUAUAGUUAGCGGAUUUUACGAAUACAUACUCCAAUUAACUUUGAAUUUUGUCCUGAGAU